CGGCAAAGCAGACUGUCUAGAGUUUUGAGCAAGCAAGAAAGAAAAAUAAGAAACAUCAACAAAGAGAAGCUCUUUCUUAUUUUUCUUCUCGCGCAAGCACAGCACAGACUAAACAGCAACAAUGGUUCUCGAGGCGACUAUGAUAUGCGUCGACAACUCAGAAUGGAUGCGAAACGGCGAUUAUUCUCCUUCUCGUUUUCAAGCUCAAGCUGAUGCUGUUAAUCUCUUAUGCGGCGCUAAAACCCAAUCGAAUCCAGAGAAUACAGUGGGGAUAUUAACAAUGGCAGGCAAACAAGUUCGGGUUUUGAGUACUCUUACUAGUGAUCUUGGCAAGAUUUUGUCUUGCAUGCACGGUCUAGAAGUGGGUGGUGAGAUGAAUCUAUCAGCUGGAAUUCAGGUUGCACAACUAGCUCUCAAGCAUCGUCAAAACAAAAAUCAGCAGCAAAGAAUAAUAGUUUUUGCUGGAAGUCCUAUCCAAUAUGAUAAGAAGAUGUUGGAGACUAUAGGAAAGAAAUUAAAAAAGAACAAUGUAUCUCUAGAUAUUGUUGAUUUUGGAGAAAACAAGGAGGGGAAGCCGGAAAAGUUGGAGGCCCUCUUUGCUGCUGUCAAUAGCAAUGAGAGUAGCCAUAUAGUUCACAUUCCUCCUGGUGGAGUUGCUAUUUCUGAUGCUCUUAUGAGUACACCUGUAUUCACUGGAGAUGGGGAAGGAGGGAGUGGCUUUGCUGCGGUGGCUGCAGCAGCUGGUGGUGGCAACUUUGAUUUUGGUGUAGAUCCUAAUUUAGAUCCGGAGCUAGCUCUUGCCCUUAGAGUUUCUAUGGAAGAGGAAAGAGCUAGGCAAGAAGCUGCUGGAAAAAGGGCUGCUGAUGAAGCUGCUAGACAAGAAAAGAGAGAAGAACCAACAUCCAAUUCACAGGAUGCAACAAUGGUUGACAAGGCUGCUGAAGCAACCAACAAUGCUUCUGAACCAAUGGAUGAAGUGAAUGCUCUACUUCAGCAUGCAAUUGCUCUAUCAAUGGAGAACUCUGGAUCCGAUCCCUCAGUUCGCGAUUCUGAAAUGGCUGAGGCAACCAAUGAAGAUCAGGAUCUGGCAGUGGCUCUUCAGAUCUCCAUUCAGGAAUCUGCAAAAGAUUCAUCAAGUCAGUCAGAUAUGAGCAAGGCUCUGGAGGAUCAGUCGUUUAUGUCAUCUGUCGUUGCAUCACUUCCAGGAGUUGACCCUAACGAUCCCUCAGUGAUCGAACUGCUAGCAUCUUUGCAAGGCCAAUCUGAGCAGUCCGAGCAGAAGAAGAAUGAAGAUAAUCCACCAAGUGAUGGCAAGUGAAUGGCUCUUGAUAACUCUUCAUGAAAAGCAUUGCGCUGAGGAGAAUGAAUAGAAAGCAGACUUGAUAGAAACACCUGUUGAAUUUGCUACCUAUUUUCCAGUUCUAAGGCUUUCACUUGAAUAGGCUGAAUAUCGGGGUAGGAUGUGAGAAAUGCUGUCAUUAUGCUUUUAACGAUAUGCAAUGGAAUUGAUGUCUUUGUUCUGCGGCUCGCUUUAUGGUUGCUUGCAUUGGGAAGAAAACAAUGGCUCAUUGUUAGUUAAAAUUGGAGUUGCUAUAUUUCAUUCU